AUGUGCACAGUUCCCACCGGCCGUGACCUGCAUUCUAUCCCCAGGGCCGUCAUGGUAGGAGAUUUUGAGGAUGCGCCCGGGUCGUCGGCGGAUCCAUCUAUUGACAUCACCCAUACGGCCGAGCCGCCCGCGGUCAGGCAAUCCGGGUCCCGCCGUAACCCAAAGAAACGGACCAAAACUGGUUGCUUAACUUGUCGGAAACGUCGCAUCAAGUGCGGAGAGGAGAAGCCCAUAUGCAGCAACUGCAUCAAGUCCAAGCGUAUCUGCGAAGGCUAUGCGCAACGCGUCAUUUUCAAGAACCCGCUGGGGAUCUUCGGAUCCUAUGGCCCACCACCCGGUCAGGAUCCUCAGAUGCAACAGCACCAUAUGAGAGUCCCACUAUUCAAUGACUUUAGCUCUCUCCCGGCUCAGCAGGCGGCCGCGGCAGCCCAACAUCCCAUGUUGGCCCCACGACCCAUUGACCCAGCGACAAUGGGAUAUCAUUCGCUCCAGGCAUCUGAAAUAGCAGCCCCAGAGGGAUCUCCAACAGCAAAUGCCCCUCAAUUUUAUUAUCCGGCACCACCAGGGCACGUACCGCCUCAAUCAUGGCCGCAGCUAGGGCAACAGCCUGCCCCAGUGCCACCAUCCUCAGCCCCAAUUGACUACUCCCAAUUGCAGGCUGCGGCAGCGAGCUCUUUUCAGGGCGUGGAAGAAUAUAAGGAGGAGUCGACCUCACAAUAUCCGCAACCCAUCACCUAUUGGACGAAUGUCAACCGGGGCCAAGAAUAUGCAUCCACUUCUCUGCCACCACCCCCGACUGGAUCACAGACAGGGAAGGGCGCCGAGAAUCCCCUAUUUCCUCAACCCACCCAGCCCGCAGAGGCUAUAUUUCAGUACGACCAACAAUCAGGACAAAUACCUCCGCAACUGGAUUCAUCCGGGCAAUUCAUUCAGCAAUAUCAUCAGCAGGUUAUAUUUGUGGAGGAUGAGAAUGAAGACUACUACGAUGUGGAAUCUGACGAGGAGAUGGUGGAUCAGGCUCAGGCUGAGGGUUUCAACCAGUUGAGUUUGAUCAUGGCUUCUGCGAACCAUGAUGAUCGUCGACUUCGAUCGUUCACGACUCAUCUCAAUGAGCCCAACAUCCUUGCCUCCUAUUAUCCCACGCUCGGAUCAUCUCCUCUCAACAAUCCCAAAACGGCGCGCAUCUUCGCCCACUUCAUCCACUCAACUGGGCCCUCGUUGUCCAUAUUCGAACGCCAUCCAACCGACUCCUCGAUCGUCCUGGGAGUCCCAGUCCCACCUGCACAACAAGGUCUUUGGACCUACACCCUCCCUCUCAUGGCCUUGGAAAAUCCCGCCUUACUCCAGGCGAUUCUCGCUGUCAGCAGUUUGCACAUUGCAUACUUGCAGGGUGUACCCACUACCGUUUCUCUCAAACACUACCACUAUGCAUUGAAGCGUAUCAGCCGCGCCGUCGGCCUCCCCCUUCGUCGGAAACAGAUCGGCACACUGGCUGCCACCCAACUUCUAGCCUACUACGAAGUCAUAUCCGCCGAUCAUUCCAAGUGGAACAGUCAUGUUGCUGGUGCCGCCCAGCUAAUCAAGGAGGUUGACUUCGCGGGUACGACCCGGGAUCUCCGCGCUCACCGGCGUGGACUCAGUGAGCAGCGCCGCCAGAUGGGGUGGUCCAACUCGAUGAUGUACCAUCACGGUUUCGGUCCUGAUAUAACUGAGGAUGACCCAUUUGCGGAGAAAGAGGGCAGUGUGGACCAAGCUCUCAUCGGAUCUCUCUUGGGACGAAUAGUCAACUUCGAUGAAUUCGGCCGCGUGGAAGAUGACCACGUGCACAGCCCAAGGAAGCAUUUCUCUCGCAAAGACAUCGAGAACUUCCGGAUCCAAUGCGAUCUCUACUGGUGGUUUACCAAGCACGAUGUGUUCCACAGUUUGAUCAGUGGAGACAAGUUGUUCAUGCCCUACUAUCUGCAGUGCCAAUGCCCGCCCCGAGCAGCCAUCGGCCGGCUCGAUGCCAUCUACGGGUCAGCUGACUCCCUCUGGCUGCUGCUUGCCCGUGUGUCGGACUAUGGCUACCGUGAUCGGAAAAGAAAGUUGAGGGCUCUUCGGGCUGUGGGAACUGUAUGGAAGCCUACGCCUGGAAUGUUCAAGUAUAUGGGUCGCUUCUCUGGCAGCGAUCCCAGCAAGAUGAAAGGGCCGCCCGAGGGUCCACAGCCUCCAGGCCCUCCUGGAGGACCUCCUUCAGCCGGCUCCUUUCAUCCUAAAGGAUCGGUUCCUCCAUCGGAUUCAUCAGGGGUUUCACCGGGCCAAGGAAGUGGUCCACCAGUGCCAGCUUUGCCUCCGAUGUAUGGUAUGGUGCCGCCACAUGGUCCGACACGCCUCCCGUCUGGAUUUGCAGAGGGCCGCCAUGACCGGCGCGAGUCCCCUGAAGAGGAAGAGGAAGGUGAUGACUUCACAUACGCGGACGCAGAGCAUGAAUGGGAGGAGAUUUUGGUGGCCAUGGACAUCUUCGCCAAAGCCUUAGGACGCGAUUUUCAGCCGCUCCCCGCAGACGUCACGCAGUCCAUCCCAACACCCUUUGGGUCGGCGCUUCAGUACCGCACGCACACGAUCGCGGUCAUCUGGGGCUUCUACUACGCCGGCCGCAUCCUGCUGCACCGACUGCACCCCUCCAUGCCCCCGGCCAUGAUGAUGGCGGCCGGUGUGGCCGCCCCAACAACCGCAGAGUAUGCACAGAUCGUCGGCAGAAUUACCGGCGGUAUUUAUUACCCCCAGCGCUACAACCUUGAAGCCGGCAGUCUGAGCCCGACACUCGGCUCUUCACUCACGGAGAUGACGGUGCCGAUCUUCUUUGCGGCCGUGCAGUACAUGGACCCUGCGCAGCGUGGCUGGACCAUCGCAAAGCUGCAUGACGUAUCUCGGUUGACUGGCUGGAAGACGUCAGAGGCCAUCGCCAGUGGCUGUGAAAAGGCCUGGACCAUGGCAGCCGCGCACGGCCGCGGACCACCAUACGAGCGAUCGUUUGACUCCGACCGCCAACGUGCGCCCCUUCCACUCGAUAUACUCAAGCGCGACCAGGGAACGCAGUAUAGCGACGAUCGGCGGUUUAUCACGAUCGAGCCGCCCGACCGAGCUUUUCUAGCGAUGGGGCUGUUGAGUUUGGAGGGCGAUAUGCAAAACCUGGAGGUGUAG